AGAGAGAGAGAGAGAGAGAGAGAGAGAGAGAGAGAGAGAGAGAGAGAGAGAGAGAGAGAGAGAGAGAUGGAGAGGGUUUGCGUUGGCGGGUGCAUGCAGGCUGAUCAUUCGACGAUGUUGGCGCGCUGUUCUAGCCUCGCAUGCGGUGUAGGAGAAGAGGCGGUGGCGGGAAGAAGGGCAAGCCGUUGGGAAGCUCAAGCUGGAGCCGCAGCUGCGCGGGGCAGUGGAACGGCGACUAAGCGUCCACAAAUGUUGAAGUGUCAAGGAGAAGGAGGAGGGGUAGUAGUUAUGGCGGCUGGGUUAGGGAUGAGAGGAGUAGGGGGUUGUCAUCACCAGACCAAAUACACAAUGGGGGGGUGUUGUACCCCUACUUCUCCGACGCUUGGUUGUUGUGCCUUAAGCAGAAAAGGCGGGAAAGAAAGCAGCCAUCACAAAGCGGGGGGGAUCAAUAGAGAGGCACGGAAAAGGCGGGAAAGAAAGCUAUCACCGACGAGGAUGACGUCAUCGAGAAAAAUGCCACGUGGCACUCUAGUAAGCAAUUUACCGCGUAACACUUUGGACCAUUGCAUUGCAAUCGAUCGUCCGCAGCAAUGCCACGUCAGCAGAACAACACUGGCGUGCUGUCAAAGAAGCAGGGUGAUGAGGUCCUUGUCUUGUUCCUCCUCCUCCUCCUCCUCCUCCUCUCUCUCCAGCACUUCCUUGACUCCCAUCCCCUCCACUUCCUCCUCCUAUCUCUCAUCUGACUUUGCGCUUGAUUGCUCCUUGAGUAGGGAGGACGUUGUUGAGAAGGGCGGCCUCUCGGUGACCGAAAGGACGAGGAUCAGGGGAGGGUGGGGAAAUGCCCUCCUACCCCCUCGUUCUCCCAUUUCAAUGUCCAGUGGAAGAGCGAUGACAGAGAGGUAUGAGAUAGCGGCGUCAAUGGGCGCGACGGAAGGAGCGGGAAUAAGGUUAUCUGGAUUGCCAGGCGGCAGUUGGGGGGGCUUGUACGGUGGCGCGGAGGUCGGAAUUAGUCUGGUGGCGGGAAAUGGGAUGAACGCACUCUUCCCGCCAAAAAAUGGCAGCUGUACGGAAUGCAGAUGUGCGGGCGUCUCUCCAGCAGAGCGCGAUUCCAUGGUAAUGCCGGUUGAGGAGGAGGAGGAGGAGGAGGAGGAGGAGAAGAAGGAGAAGGGGGAGACCCUUACAGCAGGUAAUGCGAAUGGGCACCGCCAGCGCGAGUCUAAGGACUACCCUGCAGAGGGUUGGAACCCGAACCACGGCAGCGAUCAUUGUCCCAGUCGCCAGAAGGAUAAUGUGGUCCCAAUCGCUAAAUGGUUAUCUCCACGGGACAUCUUCUCUCCCAUCAAUGGAGGGACUACGCACAGCAGAGAGAAUUGCCCGCUUAGGAUUUUGGGUUUAAGAGUUGGGAAAGGUCUGAUGAUGUAAUCGCCAUCUCUCUCUCUCUCUCUCCUUUUUUUUUUUUGACGAAGCAAUGGAUGAUGCGUCGACUCCCUCAACUCUUAUGUCCGAGUCUUGUCACAGU